UCGCCAUUUUCUUGUCGUCGAAAGCGAGCAGAGAACGACGGCAGGCGGCGUCCGAAUUAAAAACACGAAAGUGGCGUUAUUUUUCACCGAGUCAGGGCAGAACAGUUAGCUACAGUUAGGUAUAUGAGUUAAUGGACUGCCUGUUGAUCAAUGGUUACGGUAUUGAUAAGGCUGGUGUAGGUUUCACCGGGUCGCAAAGCUCAAAGAUGGACGACAAGGCGGCGAGGGAAGAUGCCUGCCGAGAGUACCAGUCCUCGCUCGAAGACCUGACGUUCAACAGCAAGCCGCACAUCAACAUGCUGACCAUUCUGGCCGAGGAAAACCUCAACUUCGCCAAGGAUAUCGUCGCAAUUAUUGAAGCACAAAUAAGCAAGGCCCCACCCACCGAGAAGCUUCCAGUUUUGUACUUAGUGGAUUCCAUAGUGAAGAAUGUUGGAGGAGAGUACCUUGCAGUGUUUGCUAAAAACCUAAUCACUUCAUUUAUAUGUGUCUUUGAAAAGGUGGAUGAAAACACUAGAAAGAGUCUGUUCAAGUUACGAUCGACGUGGGACGACGUGUUUCCUCUGAAGAAACUGUACGCGCUGGACGUCCGGGUCAACUCUUUGGACCCGGCCUGGCCCAUCAAGCCGCUGCCGCCCACCGUCAACGCCAGCAUUCACGUCAACCCCAAGUUUUUAAAACAGUCUGAGGAGGCAUCCUCCCCACCGCCAGCGCCCUCCCAGCCCACUCCCGCUCCUGCUCCUACUCCUGCUCCCACUCCCGCUCCUGCUCCUGCUCCUGUUCCUGCUGCUGCUCCACAGGCAGCCCCUGCCAUCAGCCAGUCCAGCCUGACCCAGGAGCAGCUGAUCCGGCAGCAGCUGCUGGCCAAACAGAAGCAGCUUCUGGAGCUUCAGCAGAAGAAGAUCGAGCUGGAGCUGGAGCAGACCAAAGCACAGCUGGCUGGUGGAUUUGCAUUACCAACACCGGCUCCGGUCUCCACUACGGCACCACUGAGCACGGCGCCAAAGCCCAUCAGCACGGCUGCCCCUGUGGUCCGACCCUGGAUCCCUCCUCAGACUCAGUCCGAUGCCAAGCCAUCCACCAGAGACCCUCGUCUGAACCGCAGUGGCACCCCAGCUGCCUCGCAGCCCAAAGAACAGCCCGCUGGGAGAAAAGACACUCCCUCCACAACAGGAAGUCCUGCCCCGACACCCGAGAAACGACUGCCAGAGAAAUCCACCCGGCCGGACAAGGCCAGAAUGUCGAAGAAAGAUGUGUUAGAGGAGAAGCCAAAGUCCAAGUCGCCGUCUCCGAUGGCCAAAAGUGUCCAGAGCAAAAACAAACAGGUGGAGACUGAGAAUCAGAAGUCAGCCGACGGCACGAAGAAAGAUCCCAGGCUUAGGAAGCGCACUCAGGACAAGACUGGCGACGCCAAGGACGACGAACUGAAGGAGAAGAAGAGAUGCAGUGACAAGAAGGAGCGAGAGGAGGUGGCACAGGCGGCAGAGCCUCACAGGUCCAACAAAGGGAAGCUGGUGAACGGCUCAGUGACCAAACACACCCGCGAGGAGUCCACAGAGAAGAUUGAGUUCAAGACUGGAGGUAACGCCCGAACGCACGCCAGGAAACGCACCCGGUCUCGGUCCAGGUCGCGCUCCCCCACCUCCUCCCCGAAGAGGAAGGACAGGCGGUCGCCCAAGGGCAGAGCCAGGAGCAGCUCAAUGUCCCCGUCACCCUCUCACAAACCAGGCAAACCCAGAAGGGUCCGUGCAGACGAACCUCAGCACCUCAAGCCUGGCCGAGAGGACCGGCUCGCUCCCAAGAAGAGCCAAUCAGACAGCAGGAGGUCAAAGAGGCCGUCGGAGGACCGGCACUCUGAGUCCAGAGACUCUCAUUCCCCGCGUAGCCACGACGGUGGUGGCAAGGAGACCAAGGACGCUCCUCACCGCUGGAGGAGCGGCUGGGAGGAGAACAAACACCUGAAGCUGUCAGAGGACUCUCACAUGAAGCCUGUACCUCAAAGACACAAACCGUACAGCACCCCGAAUCGCCCCACCACCCCCCGAACCCCGAAGCACCGCCUCAGCGUGGACGCCAACCUGCAGAUACCUGAAGUCCUCAACUCGGCCUCCAAGAAGGACCUGCUCAGGAGAGCCAGUAAGCGUCUGGAGAGUGGGGAGAUUUCCCAGGAGGACUUCUUGAACAUGGCCCACCAGAUCAAACAUUUCUUCCAGUAUCAGGAGGAGAAGCAGCAGCACUCGGAGAGCUGGGACGACUCCAUCGACUUCUCCGCCAAGAAACAGUCGCUGCUGACCACGCCCCCCUCCACUCGCCCCCACGACAGCAUGAACGCGGCAGAGCUGUCAUACUACGAGCACAAGUCCAAACUGAGAAAGACUCAGGUCACUCACCGAGUGGCCGGGGAGGAGUGGGAGGGCCAGGAGAGUCCAGAGGAUGCUGAGGGUUCGGGACAGGGUGAGAAGACGAGCGGCGGCCGAACCGCCGGACACCCGUCAUCACAUAAAUACAGCCGGGGGCCACGGGACAGACAAGGUGAAAGGCGGAGUAAAGAGCGCGAAGAGCUGCGACCUCCGCUGGGCCCCAUGAUCGAGGAGUACAACCACGGCAAAGAGUUCCCCACUCUGAAAUCUCUGCCAGGCCUUCGCUUCAGGAGGAGAGCCGACCCCAGAGAGUCCAGUGACAGAGAGUGGAACUCGCCUCUGACUGAGCGCCAACGUUACGACGAACGUGAAGACCAGAAGAGCGGAUAUGAUGCUCCACGGAGGUACGCCCCCACUGUCGACCCCAGACACCCUGACCCUCGUAGGCCGGAGGGACCCCCGCCCUCUGGCACAGUGGUCCACAGGAACUGUCCGAGCCCGGCCGGUCUGGACGCCCCGGCCCCCAGGUUUGAGCGUGAGCGCCUGUCACCUCUUCACCAGAAGGACUCAGCAGAUAUGAGCCCCAUCCCACGCUUUGAGAGCCCCAACAGCGAGCACUCCGACGACGGGCCCCUCAAUCUCGAUGUCGCCCCUCCUCACCCACCCCCUCCCCCCAAAUCCAUCCUCAAGGUGUCGGCCCGCGGGGGACCACUGGCUUCUGUCCGACAGCACAGCAACUCCCCGGGACACACGCCUCCCCAUGAUGGAGGACACCCACCCUCCCGAUACGACGGGCCCGAACACCUAGGCCCCCCCAGACCACACCCUCCGGGCUGGUUUGAUGACUCAUCACAGUUGAGUGGGCCUCACCACCAGGGUCCCGGCAGGUUCGAUGGUGGCGGGCCGCCUCAUCACAGCAUACCAGAGAGGUUCGAUGGCCCCGAUGGGCCCCACAUGUCACAUGGUCCAAUGAGAGGUGGGGAUGGUAUGGGGAGGUUUGAUGGUCACCCUCAGGGCCCUGGGAGGUUUGAUGGCCCCAUUGGCCAGCAGCCCCCAGUGAGGUUUGUAGGACAGGGGCCUGGACCGGGGCAAUUUGAGGGCCCGAUGCAGCGCUUUGAACCACCGCGGCGCUUCGAUAACAACAUGGCUCCUGGACCUGGGCCAGUGGGCUUCCAGCAGCAGCGACCUUUGCGCUUCGAGGGCCCUCCAAAUCAAAUGGGCUCCAUGAGGUUUGAGGGGCCCGGCCAGCCAGGUCCCAGGUAUGAUAUGCCCAACGUGCCCCAUCAAGGUGGGCCCCUGCACUUCGAGGCCCCUGCCGGGCAGCAGGGCCCCCCAAGGUUUCCUGCCCAACACAACUUGCAGCCUCCCAUGAGGCCGAUGGCCCCACCCAUUUACGAAAAUCCCAUGGGCCCCCAGCAGAACUUCAGCAUGGCCCCCCAGUGUUUCCCAGAAUCCAUGAACCCUCAGUUCCCUGCGGGGCCGAUGGCGUUCCCGACGCAGCCGAACCUGCAGGCAGGAAACUUCAACAUGCAGCCGGCUCCCUCAUUCAGUCAGCCGGGCCCCGCCCCCUUCUACAACCCCGCAGCUCCUGCCGUCGGCAUGCAGCAGCAGGUGAACAUGAUGGGAAACAUGAACCAGCCGUUCCUGCCCCAGAACCCGGUGCCUUUCAGACCUCAGACAGCUCCACAGGUCGUCCCUCCAGAGAACCACUUCGGUCAGGUUGACGUCAACGACCUGCUGUCCAAACUCAUCUCCACCGGCAUCAUCAAACCCUCGCAGCCCGACGCCGUGCCGACUCCCAGUAACGAAUCUUCCACCACAGCUCCAGCAGCUCCACCGGGGGGGGAGGAGGAGGAGGAGGAGGAGCAGGAGGUGGAGGAGGAGGAAGAUGUACCGGACCUCACCAGCUUCACCAUCGAUGACAUGAAACCGCGGUACGAGAGCGUGGUGACCAAGCUGUACUCAGGGAACCAGUGCUGUCUGUGCAGCAUGAGGUUCACCGCCGCUCAGACCGACAUGUACGCCGACCACCUGGACUGGCACUUCAGACAGAACCACGCCGGCAAGGUGGCCAGCAAGAAGGUCACACACCGCCGCUGGUACUACAGCCUCAGGGACUGGAUCGAGUUUGAGGAGAUCGCAGACCUGGAGGAGCGAGCGAAGAGUCAGUUCUUUGAGAAGGAGAAUGAGGAGGAGGUUCAGAAGAACCAGGCGGCCGCGAAGGAGAAGGAGUUCCAGAGUGUGAGAGCCACCAAGGACCAAGUGGGCGAGUCGUGUGAAAUCUGUCAGGAGCCGUUUGAGACGUACUGGGUGGAGGAGGAGGAGGACUGGUUCCUGAAGAACGCCAUCAGGGUGGACGACAAGAACUUCCAUCCUUCCUGUUUUGAAGAUUAUAAAAAUACGUCGUCGUAUCUCGAUGUCACGCCGUCGCCCAACAAGGUGCUCACCGAUCACCCGCUGAGCGUCUUCGUAAAGACCGAAGAAGAAGAGGAGGACACUUCCUGCGCCGCCGCCUCUGCCUCAGUCAAACAGGAAGCAGACUCUGAGGCCGACGAGCUUCCUGCUGUGAAAACAGAGGAGGAGCAGGAGGUUUUAACAGAUGAAGUGCAAUCAGAAGAAAAGAGAGUGUGACCACGCUGCUGCUGCUGCUCAGCCUCCGUCACUUUUUCCCUUUUGGAGGAAAAGGUGUUUUUAAGCAAGCGGAGGCGGAGCCUCGGCGACAUUCACUUCAAUACAUUUUUGUAUUUGGAUUGUGCGCGACCAUUUCAGGUCUCUGAGACUCCACCACUGAAACUGUCGAACAUUCAUGUUUUGUUUCCUUUGGGUCGAAGCUGUAAAUGAUUUAAUUUAUAAUUAAAGUAUUUUUGGUA